AUGGCAAGGACUUUUCCUGCGCUCCGGAUAGCAUUAAUGGUCGGCAUUGGUGGUGGCAUCCCUGAUCUCUCUAAGGGCAUUGACAUUCGACUGGGGGAUAUUGUAGUGAGCAAACAAGACUUCAACCAUCUCGCAGCAAUCCUAGGACAUGAAAAGUUUCCACAAUUGAUGUCACAAUCGGCAGGCAACUCCGAAAUCAAUGAACCCGGUGACGAGGGUUGGGCAGCACUAGCGCGGGCAUGCGAGCAUGGUUACGAAAGAGUUGUGCGGCUACUACUCGAGAAAGGAGCGGACCCCAAUACUGAACACCCUAGAGUUAGUGAGGAUAUUGCGCUGAUGGUGCUCGAGAAGGCAGCGGACGCAGAUACUGAAGAUGUACUCACUAGGGCGGCUGUUGGACGCAAGGAGAAAGUUGUGCAAACACUGCUCGAGAAAGGAGCGAACCGAAAGCAUGAUGCACUGUGUGCAACAAUCAUGGCUGGGCAGGAAAAGAGGGCGCGAACACUGACCGAUUACGGCGCGGAUGUAAAUCUCCAGGGGCAAGAUGGAACUCCACUAGAAGGAGCAUCACGAAAGGGUUACGAAAAGGUAGUGGAGACACUUCUAGAUCAGGGGGCAGAUAUUAAUGUGUAG